UUGGACUAAGUCUUGGCUUAUUUUCUUUAAAGCUAGAAUAGGACAAGCCUCCUGGUAUUCUACCUCAGAGUCUACAGAAAAGGCAAAGAAAGAGAACCACAUCAUAAGAUCUAAGACAGUUUUUAUCCAAACAGACCGGAAGAAUAUCUGUAAAUUGCAUUAAUUUUUUAAAAAUGGAAGCUAGAAUGUUCGGCAGUUUGUCUGUACCAAAUUUCUUAUACCAGGUUCUCAGAUUCUCCAUUGAGUGUCUGGUUUGGAAAAAUUAUCCUUUACAAAAAUAUUUGAAAUUUUUCAAAUAUAUUUCGCAGCUAAAGUGUCGGUAUAAAGAAUAUUAUGAAUCAUUAAAUUACAGAUGAAACUAUAUACCGGAAAUACGGCGAUUUGACUAAAAGAAUUUCUUCACUCUACAAUUGAAUACGGCUCCCUGAUUUUGGCAUCCAUGAAAGCUUCAUACAUGAGAAAAUAAUACCCAACUAGGAAAGAAUUCAAGACAUCAGUUUACAUGUUUCAAUGGUUUCAAGCAUUGAAAAAUAUUAGAAAAAUAUGCAGAAAAUGGAAUUGAUGGUUAUGCAUUUUAGAAAUGUCGUUAACAGAAAGGGAUCUGGAAAAAGUGGCUUUAGAAAUAUUAAAGAAUCUGUUACCUAGCUGAUUUAGUUUGGCAAUGUAAAGAGAAUAAUGAAGGGAGUGCGUGUGUGCUUCCCGUGGUGCCGGGAAGAGGAAGAGGAAUGGAUGCAGAGGUGUGUGCUGAUGAGGAGGCGACGGAAUCUUAUCUCCUGUUGUUGGAAAGGAACACCGCGUGCCUUUUCGGCGGCAGAAUACAGCGAGCAGUGCUUCGGAGCCGCUGAUUGGCUGACGACAGCCUCCCCAGAACCACCCUUUGCGAAUGUGUAUCCAUGGCAGCCGAAGGCCCCCAAAAUGAAUCCAACACACCGUUCUCGUAGAGUAAAAAACAUACCCAAAUUCCAAGUCUGAUGUUGAAGAGUGAGGAGCACUGUGCACAUCAUCAUCUCGUUGCAUGAUGAACUCAUACUUUGAGCAGAGCGGCUUCUACAACGGACAGUCGGCCGCUGAACAGUCGUAUCGUUUCCCACAGGGACUCCUCGUACCACCUUACCCACCGCAACCCAGCUCGGCUCGGUCUAACCCGGCACAUGAGAAUUCAGCGGCGUCGUACGCGGCAGUGGACGCCACCAAUAACGGCAAUUCGUCGGUGGCGUCCACGGCAGCCACUGCAGCCGCCGCCGCGGCAUGCAAACUCUACUCGAACUCGGUGAGCGAAGGUGGCUCGACGAUUUUCAAGCCAGAAUGUUUGGCCAAAGAUCAGAAUGGCUUCAACCAGGCGGUCAAGGAAAUGACUUCUUGGCCCUCGAGCUCAGUCACAGGCCUCCGACCGACGAGUAUGAGCGGAGACUCCAUGCGGCCUUUCCCGACCGACAAUUCUGCGGCCCCGCGAGUCACGGAUGCGUGGUCGACCUGCUGUCAAAGCACACCUCCUAUGGCUCAAGCACCUGCCAAUGCUUUCUACCCCUGGAUGGCCAUAGCAGGUUGGUGCGCCAAUGGAUUGCGCAGACGGGGUCGUCAGACCUACACACGCUACCAGACUCUGGAGCUGGAGAAAGAGUUCCAUACCAACCAUUACCUAACCCGACGGCGACGCAUUGAGAUGGCACAUGCUCUUUGCCUCACCGAACGCCAGAUCAAAAUCUGGUUCCAGAACCGGCGCAUGAAGCUCAAGAAAGAGAUUCAAGCCAUCAAGGAACUGAACGAACAAGAGCGACAAGCACAAGCUGCCAAACUGGCAGUGCACCAGAAGUCUUCUGCUUCGAGUGGAGGUAACAAUGCCAACAACAAUGAUUCCACUGCAUCGGCAACAAAAACGUAAGGUCGUUCCUCCUCUACUUUUCUUUCACAUUGUUUUUAUUUUUACCCCUUCCCCCCAUUCUUUUAGCAGCAGUGAGUGUCGUAUAUCUUCCGUUCUUUCCGUGGAGAGGAAGAUUUCAAGGACUUCCUUCCAAACAUCCAUGAUUAGUCAACGCAAAUUAUUAUUCUCGGCUUCCUUAAUUUAUUACAUUAGCAAUCAAAGUACUUAACGGUUGAGCAUCACAUCUCAGAACUACUCUUAGGGUCACCUAAAGACUUGGAAUUAAGAAGGACUGAAUUAUUGCUCUUCUUUUUAAUCAGAUCUUAGGCUGAUUUAAAAUUUCGCCUUUUGAGGUUAUUAAGCGCCUUCUAAUAUUUUUACUUUCUCACUGUAGAAAAUGAUUCUAAUAUUUAUUUUUUUUACUUACUCACCAUCAAAUUAAAUUGCGCAAUUUCAGCUACAUGACUAAUUAAAAUUAUCUAAUUAUUUCAACAUUUACAUGAUAAAUAAAAAAUAAUUUCCCUUUUCGUUUAAAAUGGUUAAGAAGCUGGUACUAAGAGGUCAAAUGAUUAGCUAGCAUGUGUUUUUUAAAUGCAUAAGCACCUCAUUUGGAAAAGAAAAAUAUUAAUAAGUAUUUAUUGCUUUAUAUGAUUUUUACAAAUGAAAAUUAAUAUUAAAUCUAAUUUUUAAUUCUGAAAUAAAAAAAAUCGAAGUUUAACGAUAUAAAGGACAGGUAUACACUCAAUGCGACUGUAAUUGCAUUUAUUUUACUUACAUUUACAAAAUGAAAUAAAAUUGAGAUAAAUGUGUUUUUUCUCUAAUUAGUAUUCCUUUAUUUAUAAUUAUUUUUAAUAUUUUUCUGUACCAAUUUUUUUCAAGGAUAUGGAUUUAAUCAGGUUUCAAGUGUUUUCAUAUUUUGCAGUGUCAGAAUGAAAGACUGAUAUAACAUAUCAAUUUUGUAUACUGGAGACGAUAAAAAAAAUCCUGAACUAAUUUCAAACUUGAUUAUAUUCUUUCAAUGCUUUAGUAGUAUAGAUUUAUUUCCCCCUUACUGCAGCUCUCGCUAGCCUUAAAUGUUAAAAUUCUUUUGCCAUAAACAAGCAGUUCCGCUUUUCAUUCCAUCAUCUUCAUUCUUGCGUUAAAAUUACAUAGCCAUUCUAAAUUAAAUUUAAAAGUAAAAAUAAUUUAAAGAAUUUCUUAUUAAAAAAGUUAUUUUCUAAAUGACUUAAAACAGUAGAUAUUCGAUAUUAAUUUUGAUAUUGACUGAAUUCAUAAAAUGUAUGCUUAAUUCACCGCAAUUUUAUAUUAUUCAUGUUCAUAGGUAUAUCCGUUUUAAUUUUAGAAUUAAACAAAUUGGUUCGAAUGUCAGAUUAAGUUAAGCUUUAAAAACUAUCAUUAUUUGCUUUAUUUUUUUUAAUUUGUCCUAAAUUUAAUAUUUUUUUAAGUUAUGGAUAUGAGAGUAAUGGAAAGAAAUUCAAUCAUUUAAUUGAGUAACUGAAAUGCGCCAUUAUUUAAAUGAAAACCAGUAAUUCAUCGUGAACAUAUGUUUUAAAAUUGACAAACUUUCUUCUUCGGUCUAAUUAUUAAAAUGCAAUAUGACAAAUUUAAAAUUUGUGUUAAAUAUAAAAAAAAGUUAAUUUUUUCCUUUUUGAUAAAAAUAAAGUGAAAAAGGAACUCCUUUUUUAUGCCUAAAGGUCAUUAGCAUUAACUAUAAUUCUGCCCAUUUAAAUUUAUGAUACUCUCAAAUGCACCUUCUAUACUAUACAAGCUUUAUCCAAUCCCCCACGCAGCGCGCUUUAUAGCUCCAGGCUAACAUCUGCAUGUCAUUAUACUACUAUUAACAUAACAUUAUCAGUCAAGUACUGCAUUCACCCUCUGGUUUUCGCUGAGGUGGGGUUAGGAUGUGUAUCACUUUAUUCCUUAGUUACUUGUGAAUUUCGAGAGCGAAUGGUAAAAAGUUCCUCAAUUCUGCAAUGAAUUCAUUUCACUCAAAGUGAAUUCUAUCAAGAAUUUGAAACGCGCAUCUCUUAAUCUAGCGAUAUUCAUGUUACCUAACUGCAAGAGGUAAGUUAGCUUUAAGGCUAUUUAAUUAGUGAUUCUUUAAAAGUUUCUUUAAAUAUUGCGAAAAAAAAAUGCUUUACCUACAUUUAAUAAUGUGAAAAAGAGCAAAAAACAAAAAACAAAAAAUGAAUUGAAAUACCCGUAACACCUAUCGAUGUUUGAAAAUAUACUUCCCGAAAGUACUUCUGAGGUCAUCAACUUUUCCUUUGUCUUGAUUAAUUGUCCAGGUAAAAGAUCUUCUCAGCUAUAUCUGAAAAAUGAUAACACCAUUAGACAUUAAUGUUUGAUGAAACAAAAUUUAUUGAUUCGUGCCAUUAAAAAAAAUUGUGCAUCCUAACAGGGAUAGGAUAUAUAAUCAAGACUGAUUUGCUAAUGUUUGUAAAAAAAAUUAUGAAUAAUAAUUUCCGUUGACUAAUCGCCAACCACAAUGCAAUAUGUAAUAAAAGCAUAUACGCAUGAUCUGAUUGCAGGAGAGAACUAUUACAUUAUGUGCCACAAUGAGAAGUUGAGAACCGGCACAUGUGCAUGCUUUUUGCUAAACUGGAAUCUUUAAUGUCUACGCCACUCAUCGUAUUUGAGGACUGAUCUUCUGUAAUGACUAGUAAGUAGUAAAACAUUAGGACUGCAAAUUGCGUCAGUGUCAUUUCUUGGGAAAAGGAGAGAGCCACUAGAGAUGUUCCUUCAGUGCUAUGAACUGACAUUAUUUUGAAGUGGUAAACCGAGAACUCUUGCUCUCUCAACUGAAGCCCAUUCUUCCCUUAAAUCUUAUAGUUAGACAAAGCUUUGGUACGAUGGGAUUAUUGUGUCUUGUUCUGUGAAUUUCUUGUUCUUUGUGCUCAAGAUUAUUGUGUCGCAUCUUUUGUACAGAUGACUUGGCGCGUAAUGGCUAACUCGGCAGUCUCAUUUCAUACUGCGCACCACCAUCGAAUUGUAACUAAUUAUUAUAAGCAUGCAGAUAUCAAAUACUUAAUGACCUUUCAACUCAUUUGUUUAAAAAUAACUUGAAUGUAUGUUCCUAAAGUAACCUGAGGUGAAAUCUAUACGUAAGAUAGCAUGAGGUUUUCUCAUUGUAGUAGGCAUGGCAUGCAUGGAAAGAGUAAUCUUUAAGUAACCGAAGGUGAAAUAUAUACGUAAAAUAUGAGUUUCAUCGUGAUAAAUAUUUUUAGCCAAAAUACUGCAGAUAUCAAGCAUGCAUUCCUUGUAUAUUAUUUGGCCAAUAAGAAUUUGAUAUCUGCUUCCUUCCUUUUAAAUUCUUGCAUAAAAAAAAUCUUUUCACCUACAUCAUUAUUGUUAAUAAUUUUAUUUAUUUAUUUAUUUAUUGUUUCUUUGUUAGUGUAGUAGCACAUGCCCUAAAAUAUAACUACUUUUAAUGAGUGUCAGUCAUAUUUGUGGAUGAUUUUUUUUUCCCUUCGCAAAGACUGCCGUGUUGCCAGACAUAUAAGUGUUUCGCAUAAAGUUUGAUGUUUCCAUCUUUGGCAAGUACAAAAGAAUCUUCUUUGUAGAACUUUGAUAUUAAAAAAAAAAUGUAUAUGUUUGAGAAACUGCAAGAAUUUACUGCAGUUAAUACUAUAUUUGAACUACUUAAUAGACGACAAACCUGAAAGUAUGGAAUUUUUUUGAAGAAUAAAUUAAUUUUUGAUCCACUUAAAUUAUUUCAUAAUAGAUGUUAAACGUGAAAUAACUGCUGCUGAUAAAUUACAGUUGGCUAGGUUAUUUCAUAUUACAAUCUAGCAAUUUUUAGAGAAAAAUUUUUUAUUCAUCAUAUUUUAAAUAUUCUUAUCUCUUACGCGAACAUAAGCAAUAAACGUGUUGCUAAUAAUAACUUGCAUCAAGUAAAUCGUCAAGUUGUCAUUCUAGGUAUUAAUUUCAGCAUUCGUUCAGAUGGGAAUUAAAAAAAAAAUAAACACUUGGACAGUGAUGAUUUAUAAAAUACUAGUCAACAUUUCAGAGCAGUUUCCAAACUUUAUGCGGAACUCUUUUAGUGACAUUCGAGUAAGUCAUGUUAGAAAAAUGUGAUUAUGUAGAAUAUUUCAUAUUAUAGUGCAUCAGUAAAAUAACAUAAAAAUAUUUACCUCAGAGAGGACUGUGCGCUAUAUAUUUACACCCUAAAAUGUGCAGACCAGGAAAAUAAUAUUUAAUUCAUUCAUUUUCUUAUAAUUUCCUUCAAAAUAAUAUUUAAUUCAUUUAUUCAUUCACUUAAUUUUUCAAAUAGUUUACUAAUCAUAUACCUCUUUAUUUUUAUCAGAAAACAAAGAAUGCUUUCAGUUCCUUGAAAUUUCAACAUUUCAAGUCUUAGAAUAUUUUAAGUAUUCUAAAGUAGAAUUCUAUAUAGAAUUUCUAAAAUUAUUUGAAAUCAGCAAGCUUGCGAAGAAAUUUCAUUUUUUGAAAUUUUUUACCGCUCUCUACUUAAUAGAAUAGGCAAAAAUCUACUUAAAAUGUUAAGCAAAAAUCAUUUUCCUCAUUUUUUUUUUUUUUUAAUUGAAGGAAAAAAUCUCAAAUGCCUUUUAUUGUUUGUUUACUUAAAUAUUAUUUGAUUAUUAUGUGAGAGAAAUAUAAACGAAAGAAAUAACUGUAGCAUACUUGUGUGAACAUUAUCUUCCUGCUCUGCCAGUAUUUAUGAAUUCGUAUAAAUUUUGUGAAUUCAUCAGUCAUUGAACAAAACAUCAUUCUUUGUACGUAAAAUUAUUGUCCGCAGCGCGAUCUCAAAAGUAGCCGUUAUGGUGAAAAAGUAUACGUAAUUUCAGUGUAUUGAUUGUUUGUUUCAACUGUUCACAAUUGUUGGUUUUAACUGUGUAGUCUGCAUAAUUAUAUAUAUACAGUGCCAUUCAAAGUUGCCAAUGAGGUAAGAUAUAUAUAUUAUUUUUCAUCGUGUUGCAUUUGUUCAGUUUUAUGUGCAUAAGUUACAGGUUUGUAAAAGUUAAAUACAAAAUUUUCCUUUUCAUUGUUGAAAUUAGCGUUUUCUUUUGUUUAUAUAUAGAUAUAUAGAUUAACAUUACUUGUUCAUAUGCAAUGUAAAAAAAAAAAUGCUAAAAAUACGUGAAUUAGCUGUUUGAAGAUUUUUAAAAAGGCAAGUGCAAUUUUGUUACUAUUAAAAAUAUGUGUUCCAAUUAAUUGAUACAGUUGUGGAAGUUGCAUUUAAACGUUUAAUGAGGUUUUACUACAUUCUAGGUUGAAAUGUUGUCGAUUUAUUUACCGAUUUAUUGUCGAUUUAAUGUUGUCGAUUUAAAAAUUCUGAAGGGCUUCCUUAAUGAGUGGAUAUAAUGCUAUCGUAUUCUAAUUAAAAUUUUAACAAAUUUUAAAAAGACAAAAUGAAGUAUUUGAAACUGCUUGUUUAUAGUUUAAAAAUAAUUAUAACUUCGGAUGCCAUUUUUUUUAUUUCAUUAUAUGUAUCGACUUCCAUAAUUUCUCUCUGCAUGGAAAAUAUUUUGUGAAAAGCUUAUUUCAUGAUUUUUCUGUUUAUAAAAUUGUUUUGUAAAUUGGCAUUGUCAAUUGUUUCUGAAAAGAAUGAGUUUCGCUUCUACUACCAAGUCCUCUGCAAAUUUAAUUGUUUUAAAUUGUACUCUAAAAUAAAAUUCAAUUAUUGUCUCUCUAAAUUAUUGUGUCAGUCGUUUAAAAGUAGAAUGGCGCAUUACAUUUGUGAGCUAAAAAGUGCAUUUCAUGUUCAGUUAAAAACACCAAUAAAUAAAUAUGCGUUAGCCUGCCAUCUUAAUUAAAUAAUUUAAAAUAAUAACGCAAUUGCUUGUAUUUAGUUAUAUUAAAAAACAUUAAAAAAAGGAUGAUUAGUUUUUAUCCUACAAAUUUUGCUGGAUAAAUAAAUAUUGUAAGUAAAUAAAACCAACGAACAUUUGUGAUGGAUGUGGUGAUAACUAUAAAAAAUAUAUAAUCAUGGAAUUAAUUUUUUUUAUUUUUAAAAAUAUUAUGUGUAUUUUAUUUUUAAGAAUCAUUUAAUAUGAUGUAUUUUUUUCCAGUUUGGUAAAAGAAAAAAAAUUCAUUUCAGGACAGUGUAAAAAGAUAAUGAGAAGUAUCUCAAUGAGAUAAAUUAAACAUUAAAAAUACAAGUUAAAUUAUCGAAAUAUAUUACAAUUUUUUUCCCCCUUUUCAUCCGUUCCUUAUGGCGUUACUGCUUUGAUGCCUUGAAUCACUUAGAAAAAGAAUGAAGGCUUCUGAUCUUAAACUUUAAAACCAAUUCAUUAUUACUGGCGUGUGUAUUCAAUUUAUUUAUUCUUUCAAAAUGAGAUAUUCAUCCUUUUUUUAAGUAAUACUCAGUUCAGAUCCAAAGCACUUGUCGAAAAUGAUCUGCAUGUUUAAACCUUACCUUAUUUUUCUAUAAAAUUUGAUUUUUUUCUUUUGUUAUGUAUGAAUUUUAAUAUUUAUUUCUAAAUUUUUUAAUGAUAUAUACAGAGAAAAUCCGACCAUAGAGGCAAUUUACUUUUUGAUCAUUAAGGAUUUUUAUUUUUGGAAAUUGCUAGGAAACAUGGAGCUAGGAAAUAUUGCAUUAAGAAAAUUUCAUAGCUGUUUUUUAUAUAUAUAAUUUUUAUUUCAGAUUCACUGCCCUCUGAAUAUAUUAAAAACGUUGUAAAACCUCAUUAAACAUCUAAACUGCAGACUCACAACAUAGUUAUUCCUUUAUAAUUAUCAAAAUAAUUUCGGUUAACUUUUUAACACAACCGAAAUGAUGUUAUACGUAACUUCAAUACUUUUUGAGAAAUUGCAUGUUUUACAUAUUUUUAUUUGUAUAUUACCAUAUUAUACGUAAUACCUUGCCAUCAGAAGUAGUUCAGUUCUGUAUUAUCAAAGCUGUUCUUUCUUCUACCUAUUGGAGAGAAGAAUGUUUAUAGUUUUAAUAUGUCAGAAGUCUCUCCAAUAAUUUUUCAAUAUCGUUAUAUAUAUAUAUAUAUAAUAGCUGUUACCUGUCUCAUUAUUCGUAACCAUUUUUCUUCUAAAUGUAUAAAAAGCUACGAGGACUGAAAUUGAGUUGUUUUUGAUUCCUUAUUGUGAGUUUUAAUGUUACUACGAAAAUUGGCUUUUCAAAAAUACUGUUCUUAAAUUUUUGCAUCUGUCAUGAGAUGUACAGUGUAAAUGUUGACGUACGUAUUUGUGACGUGAAAGAAAAAUAUAGACUU